AUGACGCCAAGCAAGUACUUACUAACUCCUCCAGAUGAAUUGCAUUCGUACGUUGCCCCUAAAGAAAGUCAUCUUACACCUGUAUACCCAGAUUUCGAACCAUGGCGUCAUAAGAGGGAGGAUGAUGAGAUAUUACUGAAUUUUGUUGCAAAGGGCUACUAUGCACCAUCUAAGGUAAAUUUUGAAAGCAUAUCAGCAAGAUCCUCUCUGCAAGAAUCACUUCCAAAACUGUCUGAUCAGCUGGGAGAUCAAUUUUCGAAGAUACUCCAUAUAAGAGAGCAAGAGAUCAAUCGAAUUUCGGCCAAGGACAACUCUAAUAAAUUGCCUUUAUUUAGCGAUUUGAGCGGUCCAGGAUUUUUGCUGCCAAGUAGAGUAACAUUAACGGAUCACAGAAGAGAAUUAUGGCUGCAAGAGCUUAGUUCCCCAUAUGCGUCAUUAGCUAAAUUAUCGAAGCACAUUCCUCAUGGGCUAAAGAGGAGGCAGGUGCUCGAAAAGUGCUAUAUGAGGCAAAUACCUUUGAAAAGGGCUAUGUGGCUUAUAAAAUGUUGCUAUUCAAUGGAGUGGAAAAAUAGAAUGACAAAAGCUCGUCAAAGUUCAGAUAGCAGCAAUGAUAUAAAUGCUCAGCUUACGAAGGAAUGGACAGAUAACUUCGUUUUUAUAUUGGAAAAACUAAUAUUUGACAUGAAUCAAAAUGAUAAUGAUCCUGUACAAUUGAAGCGGUGGCGCACUGAAGUGGGCUAUUUUUUAAAGCUCUUGGGUAAUUGCUACUCACUGAGACUAAUAGACAAAAUGGUUUUUCAUCAUUGGCUAAUCGAGUUUGGAGCAAAAGUAGAAAACUUUGAGUUUCUUCCUUUAACGUUACAUAUUAUCACAGUAUUUUGGGAUGAUAUUUCUCAACCAACAGAAAAAGCACAAGUAUCACAGUCUUUAUUUUUAAUGCCAAAGAUGGCAGAAAUGCUUUUAUACAAGUAUUACAUGGUGUCCCAUAGCAAGUCAAUGAUAAAUGAUGAAAAAUAUAUUAUAAAUGACAUAAAAAAGAACGCAAAGAUCAAAGAAUCAAUUUUAUCCAUCUUGCGAAUAUUAAUCGGCAGAAUUUUUCAAAAUAAGUCUCUUGAAGCUUUCAUUUUUCCAAACUCCAGCUGGGAUUUAUACAAGCCUAUCUUAUAUGAAAUUGCAAACUCAUUUAGUAGCAAUCCAGAAAAUGCAAGCGAAAUAAGGAAAAAACUAGAGUUGAUCAGCUACAGGAAUGAAUCCAUCAUGUUCAAUGGGACACUGGAUUCGGAAGACACAGAGACGGAAUCAAGAAAUGAGCAGGGUCUUGAUAAAUCUGACAACGAUAUUGUAUUACUUAAAACAGUUGAUACUGACUUUACAAAAAAGUUGAAUGAUAACCCAGUUGAAUUUGAUUGGCCAGCCUAUGUCGAUAGAAAUAUGCUACACACUUCACAUAUUCGGCAACUAUUUCUAUGGGCUAUACACCCUUAUCAAAAGUCACGUUACGAGGCCAAUGAGUUGGUAGUUAAAAUUCUACUUUUAAAGGUGAACUCCGUGGAACGUUUUCAAGAAUUUGUAAUCGAAGAUAUAAUCUGGUCAAUGGUUUUCCAACUGGCUAAAAUAUCUGAAAUGGACAGAAAUUUGUUGAUGUGCGAUAGAUCCUUAUAUCGCCUGCUUAAUAUACUAAUAACUUAUGGAAUUUUGAAAGUCCCCACAUAUAUUAGGAAACUUAUCAGUUCUGGUGUACUGUAUGUGCCGGAAUCCAAUGAUAAGUUUGUCCAUUGUGAUAUUCUCAUCAAUUUAAAAGUUUCUCCUCUAAUGAAAAGUCAGUACAAUAUGGUAUUAAAGAAUGUAAUGGAGUAUAAUGCGAGCUACUACGAAAAACAUAAUUACGAUCAACUGCUCUUGCAGGCUGAAGAACUUAAACAGAAGAUAAUGAAUGAGGAAAAUUUGAAUAAUCUUUCAUAUUCUCUUAGUGUUAAGAUUGUCGCAGCCGAUUGGUAUCUCACUGAAAUAUGCUCAGGAAAUCUUUUGCUUGUUGAUAGGACCACCAUUGUCAAGUUUUUUCAAAUUUUUUGCAUUCAUCUUGAUGCAUUCCACCAUUUCUACAAGUGGAUAGAGUUCAUUGUGUAUCAUCAGCUCCUCAGCGACAUUGGAGCGCUCGAAGCCCUUAUUGACAUAUUGUUAUGUUAUGGAAAGCUAUUUUCACAGUACAUCAAUGAUCACAUCCUCUUUACUAAAACCUUUAUUUAUAUUUAUAUGAAGGCACUCAAGGAGAAGGAUUUUGGUUCCUAUGCAGUAACAUCAUUCAUGGUUUUUUGGAAAUUCUUCAUGAAGAGCUUCGCGUAUGCCUUAAAAAUUGAUGGAGAGCUGAAAUCGGAAUUAUCGAAGGUUUAUGAUGAAGAAAAAAGCAAGCUAGAAAGAAUUACGAAAAAUAAGAGCGAACUUCUGUUAGUAUAUAAUGCAAUCAAUGGGGAUGAAUCCAAACUUUCAAUGGGAAGUUUUCCGGAAACCUUCCAGACGUCAUUGCGUGGUUUUCUCAAUGGAAAGAAUAAUGAAAAGGAGAAGAAACGAUUUAGGAACAAUCUUUUACUUCUCAUGACGACCAAGAGAGAAUAUAACAAGUUUAUGUCAAUAUACCUUAAGAGAAAAGAUUUCACUUUUUCUGAUCUUUUACUUCUUAUAUCCUACAAGCUGCUGACACUAGAUCAAAUCCAAAGUAUUUUAAGCGUUACCUUUGUAUUGAAGCUGCUUGCGAUCAAGAAUGUUGAUAAUGGGUUAUAUUUUGAGUACCAUAAGGAUCAAUAUAUCAGGAGUAACUUCGAGACUAUUCUGGCCACAUGUCUUCUUGAUUUAACGCAAAAUUAUACUCUGUUCCUCGAAAUUCUGAUUAAAUAUGGUAUGCACUCGAAACUAUCUGCUGUUACGAAUAAAAUAGUGAUAGAACUUCUAAAAAAAGAUAGGUCUACAAGUACACAUGUGAUUUAUGAUAUCUUGAACUUUGGAGUUCCAAGGCUGCAUGAAAGUGAUGAUGCAACAGAAGAAGAGAUGAAGCCAUCUGAGCUGUACUCUCUGAUGAAUUUCAACAAUCUUUGGAUGCUGCAAGCAUAUACAGCAUAUUAUGUUGAGGAUAUCAUGAAAGAAGAUUUAGCAAACCAAGCUUUACAUGAUUAUCUGUUUGAAGUAAUAGAGGUGACAAAUGUAGGUUGCCUUCGCGCCCAUAUAUUCGAUAAAAUCAGCAACAUUCCAACAAUACAAACUAUUGCUCAAAUUUAUGAGGGUGAUUUUUUCAAUGAUUAUCUGGCGGAGGAUGGAAAUCAAAAAGGUGCCGUAUCCAUGAUUGUAGAUAUCAUAACCAGUCUUUCAAAAAGGGUAAACGGUGAUUUGACCAUGUCAAACAGCCUCUUUCAAUCACUGAAGAAUAAUUUAUCUCGUUUCGCCAACAUGGAUGAAAAAUCAUUGGAAAAGUCUCAAUCGAUUCUGAAUAACUAUUUGAAAAUGUUCGCCAUACAUCAAAAUUUCAUAUUCAAAUGUAUUGCCUCAUCCAUACAGGAAGAUGAUACAAAAAGCACGAUCAAGAUAAUCGAUGAAAUAUAUUUGCUUUUCGAAAAAAUUACAUUUGAUUUGAAAUUGAAAUUAAUCUUGUAUGAAAUUUUGUCAUCAUUAAAAUCACACUGUAUAUAUAUAUCCACAACAAGACAAGAGGGCAAUGGUCCAAGAUUCGAAUGUCCAAAGAGAUUACUAGAACUGCCGCCAUUUCAAAUAUCCUCUUUUAUCAAAAGAGCUGGCGAUUUUGAACCGAUAGAAGAGGCCGAUAUUGGGAUUGAAACACUUCCAGUUGAUUCAGGAAAGACUGCGAAUAGAUGGUUUUUGUUUAACAAAAAAGAAGGACAAUACUGGAAUAAAUUGAAUAUUGAGCCGUAUUACGAAAUAAACAAUUUUCAGUCUGAAAACGCAAGCUGUUUCAACAAUUCAUGUUUAAAUUUGAGUUUAUUCAAUGCAGGUUUUGAGAAGAAGAAUCCCAAAUAA